CCCACCGAACCCGCAAUGUUGCUCCUCAUAUUCGUCCUGCUGAUCAUCGCACCUGCAUUGACUUACUACGUUUCGACGACCCUAUUCUACCAGACCGCGAAAAGCACCGCGUUAGGGAAAGAACCACCAACGAUUCCUUACUUCGUCCCAGGUGCUACCCAUGCCUUCGGACUAGCGUCCAAUGGACAGCAGAAGUACUUCGCGAGAUUACUUAAGGAAUAUGGAAACUUCGCACCAUUCGCCUUCUUGUGGUUCGUCGUUCUUCGAGACCCGGAACAGAUGAAGAAGGCCAUGCACGCAUGUGAGCAACAGAAUGCAGUCGUCACUAGAAGGAAUAUGCAUGAAGUUAUCCUGGGCUCUAGCGAGGCUGUUGCAAAGAUAUACGCGGAUGCCGCUGUCGACAAGGCAGAACUCGAAGUCAUGCGUGGCGUGUCAAUGCGGAAGUAUUUGGAAGGCAGCCCGCUGGCCAACAUGAACAACCUGUAUGCCGACUUACUCUCGCGUAACAUGAAUGACAAGAUGUUUCAAGUCGGCAGCUGGACCCAGAUAGAAGACGUCUGGUCUUUCUUUCAGCAAGUCCUUACGAGGUGCUCCAUGGAGGCGCUCUUUGGCUCCGCUAUCUUCAAGCAGUAUCCUGGCCUCAUCAAAGACUACUGGAGGUUUGAAGACGCCAUCCAGGGCUUCCUACCCGUACUACCAUGGUUUGCUACUCCAAGACCUUACAAAGAGCCACUCGACCGGCUAUGCCAGGGCAUCGAAAAAUGGCUAAGAGUCAACCAUAGUGGCACAGAAUUCGCGAAGACUGGCAGCGAUGAUGCAGAUUGGGAUGAGCAUAGGGGUUCGAAGUUCAUUCAAGAACGUGACGACAUAGUUGCGAAAGCCAUGUUAUCUUUUGAGACUAGAACCGCGGAGAUGUUAGACAUCAUGCACUGCUCGAAUGUGGACCUGAUCCCUUCCUCUAUCUGGUCAAUAAUCGAAUUGUUACGCAAACCAUAUCUGGCCGGGCAUGUCACUGAUAUCGUCUCCGAACACAAACCAACAAAGACGGCCACGUGUGAUGUAAAUGGGAUAAUAUCCAGGCCCCUCUUCCAGUCUUUACAAGCCGAAGUCAGUCGUCUUCGUAUCGCACAGUACAUGAUAUGUACAAACCCAACUGCUAAGGUUGCCGUUGACAGCGAAUGGACACUUCCCAAAGAGUCCAAUGCAAUUUCGUUCUCGCAAGAUUACGCCCUCAACACGAAAGUGUGGGCAAACGCGCCACCGCACGCUGUCUCGAAACCACUCGAAGAGUUUUGGGCUGAGCGCUUCCUGGCCCCUAGUAAAGACGCGUCAAAGGCACAAGGUCAACGGAAAGGCCGCGAUAGUGGAAAAGAGACGAGAUUCGACGCGCAAAAUCUCGAACUGCUGGUUCCUGCAGUCGGCGACAAGCAAGCGUUCGGACUCGCUAGCGAUUAUAUCAAAGCCAUGCAAGCAGUGACUUUGACUGUUCUGCUGAGCGAGUUCGAGAUGCAGCUAUGCGAUCCAGAUUUGAUCGAUGCAGCCAUGCCCGAGUUGCGAGAGUCGGCUUUUGGACAGGUGCGACCAAAGGAUAAAAUUGCCGUGCGCAUACGCAAACGCAGGACUGGCAAGGAGCAGUGAAAGGGCCCUACCAAUCUCGGAUAUGGCGCAAUCUUGCCGUGGGGCUGUCGUGUAACCCUCACAAGCAGUCAUCUGCCAUUCUUUC